UCCUUCACUCACUCUAAUCUUUUCUCUUCUCGUCUGAUCCAGUGCUUGCCGAUCGCAUUCUUUCUUGUGCUUUUGCAGAAGUAGGUUGUGUGUCUGUUGUGUGUUGUCAUAAUAAGUGAAAUUCCAUUGGAUUUAUUGAAAAAAUUUGGCGAUUGAAAUCGAGUAAAAUAAAUUUAUUACCGUAUUCAAAAGAAAUUCUUUGUUUGAUUGGGUGUAUAAAUUUUUAUUCGCGGCACUUCGGUCCAAAGAAAAAAUGGACGAAGUAGUCGACAAUGUGAGGGCAUGCCUAUUGUCCUCAAAAGGAGGCGCUAGUCUUCAUAAUCUCAAUAAAGACUAUCAAGAUGUAAUUGGAGAGAGAAUUCCAUUUAGGAGAUUUAAUUUUAAUACUCUAGAAGAAUUCAUUAAUACAGUACCAGGUUUGAGAAAAUUUCAAAAAGGAAAUGAGAUGUUUUAUGAAGUAUUACCCACUGCAAAUACUAUUCAUAUUCACAAACUUGUUCAGGGACAAAAAACCGAUAAGAAAACAAAAAAGAGACUUGCACAUGCUUAUAAUCGACCAACUCGACCUGUUAGGCAAUCUUUUUCAACGUAUAAUUCAAGAAAUCAAAUUUCUCAGCGUACUAGGAGACCGACUUCUUCUUCUUCUUCUUCAAAUCAGAAUUCAAGAAGUAAAAGCAGUUAUGGAAAAAAUACUAAUUAUGGUUCAGUGGGACCUACGACGCAAUCAGAUACUGACGCGAGGGGCCUCAAAUUGAGGGUUAUUGAACCUGAAAGAGCAAAAAGCAAUCUACAAGACAGACUUGUUGUUAAUCAACCAAAGAGAAAUGAAUUUGUGGUUAGAACAAAUUUAAUUGAAAUUCGUCCAACUUUGUCGACAACACCUUUAAAUAGUGGCCGUUCAUCACCAAUGAAGACACUUUUAAAUGAUGCUCGUGCAUCUACAUCGACGACACAUAUGAAUGAUACACGCCCGUCAACGUCCACGACACAUGUAAAUGGUUCACAUUCAUUUACAUCGACGACACAUUCAAAUGGAGCACGUCCAUCAGUGUUCGCUUUUUGGAAGACACCUGAAAAUAAUGCACAAUUAGAAAAUAGAACAGUAUUUAAUUUACCAAUUAUGAGGAAUGUGGAAAAUUACGAACGAGACGAUUCAAACAAUUUUAAACCUCUAAAGCCUGUUUCCAUAGUUCCGUUUAAAGAAUUUGCGCCAAAAACACCAGAAGAAGAGCUUAAAUUACUUGCUCAUAAUCUUAAUUACACGACUCCCGUUUAUAAAAUAUCAAAAGCAAAACAUAGAAGCUUCUUCGCUUCGGUUAUGGUGGGCAAGAAUAAUUAUUCUUGCUAUCCAAAUAGUGGUAAAACGGAAGAAGAGGCUAAAAAUAUGGCUAUUGAUGUUGCACUGAAAGAAUUAAAAAGAAAAGAUGAAACGUGUACUCUUCCAACGACAAAAAAUGUUAAACUAAUUGAAGAAAGAAUUUUAAAAAUUAUUAAUAAACACUCAACGGGAGUUUUUACAACUCAACUUCUUAAAUAUUAUAAAGAAGAAUACAAUGAACUAUUGCCAAAUAAUAUUGACAAAAUUAUAAAUGAGUGCAAAGAAAUUAGUGAAGAAAGAGGUGUGGAUGGAACGAAUAUUCUUACCCGAUUUGUUCCAAAUUCAAUAGAGGAACAAGAUUUGGCUCCGUUGUCGCCAUUUAAUAAAAUGAGAAUAAAUUCGAAUGGUCGACAUUCACCGGGAAGCUUAAAUGUUCCUGAGGAUCAAUAUUGGGUGACACAUGUCACAUUUGUUUAUUCAACCAGCGAAAUAAUGGUUCAAAUUGUUGGUGCAGAUUACAGCGAAAAGUUUGAAAAAAUGUGUACAGCAAUGGAUGAAUUUUAUUCGAAAAAUUUGCAAACAACAAAAUUGUCAAUUUGUGAAGAAGAUAUGUAUUAUGCAUAUUUUUGUGAACAAGAGAAUAAAUGGUAUCGUGUUCGAUGUCUUGAUGUAAACUUGGAAUUAAAAAAAGCCUUAGUUGAUUUCAUCGAUUUUGGCGAUGACGAAGUUUGUGACAUUAGCAUGUUAUAUAAAUUGGACAAACAAUUUUGCGAUCUUCCAGCACAGGCCCUUUGUCUAUCACUUAAUGAAUUAGAGAUAUUUUCUCUAAUCGAAAUGGAAAACAUUUUUGAUAGUGAAAGAUCAAAGAAAAUAAUUUCCAAUCAUCUUUUGGAACAACAAUUUUACGUAGAGGUAAAAAAUAUUGACGAUGGAACGCCCUCCGUUAUUUUCUACGACACUCGUGGAGAAGAUGAUAUCAAUUUAAAUAAAGUAAUUGCCGCUGAAAUUGUCGAAACUUGCAUUAAACGACCUAAAUUAAAAACGGCAAGUCUUCACGAAGUGUAUGUCUCACAUAUCAGUGACAGUGGCGAUGUUUAUGUUCAAUUUAAAGACUACAGUCUGUUUUAUCUCACGGAAUUGAUGAAUAAAGUCGUUGAUAAAUUGAGUGAAGAUUGUAGUCAAUACGUUGCGACAACAUUGAAUUUAACGAAAUUUUAUCUUGCAAAAUCGCCAAAUGGAUCUUGGUACAGAGUGAGAGUUAUAAAUGUAAAUUAUUUAAAAAAUGAAGUCGACGCUGUUUGUGUCGAUUUUGGAGAGACGAUGACGAUAAAAAUAACAGAUUUAAUUAAUCUAAAUAAACUUUCGGACGUUUUAAACAUAUUCCCUGAUCAAGCAGUUGAGGUGCAACUUUCUAGUUUAUUAUCGUUUGAUACUGAAAAAAUAAAUAGAUUACGAGAGCUUACACCUCCUGAUCAACCAUUAAUUAUGAAAGUAGUUCAAUUAGGCACUGGUCAAACUUCUUUACCUGUCGUUGAAUUAUUUAAGCGUCAAGAGCCAAAUAAUGGAAUUAUUUCAAUUAAUAAUACAAUUCUCUUGGAUGCUGUAUUGAAGAAAGCAAAUGGUGAUAGUAAUAAUAAUGUGAAAGAACGAAAACGUAGCGAGAGAUCGGUGAGUCGUUAUGGAUCAACAGAUCAAGUCAAUGUAAGAAAUAAAAAAAGUUUGCGACAACCGGAAAUACCAGAAGUGAAUAAACGUUACGAUAUUCACGUUGAAAUGGUGUGUAAUCCAGGAAAUUUUAUUGUUCAACCCUAUGAAUCCAAAGGGGUACUUGAGACAAUGAAUAAUCAAUUAUACGAAGAAUGUAAAAAUUAUUCAGGUGAACCAUUAACAAUGGAUCAUAUUCAGGAAGGUUCAUUGUAUUGUGUUAAACAUUCUGAUAAUUAUUAUUAUCGAGUCACAGUUCUUAAUAAAUUACAAGCUCAAAUGAUGGUCACUGUCUAUUUUUGUGACUAUGGUGAAGUCACUUUAGUCAAUUUAAAAAAUCUGCUACCACUUACUUCCAAAUUCUUUGAGCUGCCAUAUCAAGCUAUAAGAGCAAAACUUGCAGACGUGAAACCAAUCAAUGUUGAUUGGGCAGCAGAAGACUGUGUAAGAUUUAAAGAACUAAUUGAGGGAAAGGAUUUUGUGGCAACAGUUAAAAAUAUUAUUAAAGAUGGUGAUGAAAUUGUCCUUUCUUUGGCAUUAACUGACGUUUCAAAUGAAUAUAACAUUGAAAUUGAUGAAGUUUUCAUACAAGAAGGACGAGCGCAAAGAACAGAGUCCUAUCUUAAUUCAAUCGAGAAAAGAUAAUUUGAUUCUAAUGGAUAAAAAAAAAAAAAAAAAACAUUUGUAACAAAUCGUCAACUAAUUUCAUGACAUCUAAUUUAUUCAUUUUUUUUCUAUCUCACAUUUAACGUGAGAGAGUCAAUAAGAAAAAAAAAAAACCAAAACAUAAUUCGUUAAAUCACAAAAAUAACGAAACAAAUUUAGAUGGAAGAAUUGAACGUCCAACUUUUGUAAACUUGACUGUCCCAUUCAACGUCAUUGAAUAAUUUUUAAAUAUGACUAAAAAUGAACUAAAGACUAAAUAUUCCUUUAUUUUGAAAAAUUUAGUAAAAAGUUUACCUAGUUCCAUUAAUUUGAAGACUUUGUAUAUCGUCUUUGAAAAAGACUUACUAGUUAUUUAAUAGUCGAAAUGAAAAGGCGGUGCCUGAAAGUAUUUUCUUUUCUUUUUUUUUUUUUUUAUUUUUCAUUACAAUUAUUAUUUCAUUUUUUUUUUUUUAGAAAAUUGUGUUUCUAAUAUUAUGCGUGUUAAAAAAAACCGUUAACAUUUUAUAUUUUAAAAAAAUUAAUUAAACAGAUGAUAAAAGAAGAGAUAUUUAAUUCUCGAGAUGAAAAAAAAGCACUUAUUAUGUAUUAAUUAUACACAGAAGUACGUUUAUUUUUUACAUAAGUGCCAAUAAAUUAAUUAUUUCUUAA